GCCUGGACCACAGACAGAGUGAGCCUCCGUCUCAAAAAAAUAAUAAUAAUAAUAAUAAUUGGAUGAUAUCUUGAAGCUCCUACCGGAUAAAGUCCAAUUUCUUUUUUUGAAGCCCAGUUUCUUUAUCAUUAUGUGUAAGGACUUUUGUAGUCUGUGGCUCCAAAUUCCUUUUCCAGCCUUGUCUCCUGUCAUUCCUCAUCAGGGAACCUCUUGUUUUGAUGAAGCCCAGCUUUCCUGCCACAUGCCUCUGUAUUUUUGCACACAUUGUUUUCUUCCGCCUUACUGAAUCCCACAAUUCUUUCAAGGCUCAACUCUUCAUAAAGCCUUUUUCAACUUGCCUAACUCUGUUUACGUUUCUUUACUAUCACAACACUUCAUGCAUGCAUUUAUGUGGUUGUUAUAUUGCUUGAUGUUUAGUAACUUGUGUUUGUUUUGGUAGCCGCCUUAUGGAUAGGCUUAUUCAGUUUUGUAUCACUAAUGUCUAAAAUAGCAUUUAACACCAAGGAUACCACAAGACAAAGCCCUCACGGAGUUUAUAAUGAAUCUGAGACAUAGCAGAUACGUAAAAGUAGUUGUGGAAUGAAUUGACUGUAGAAAAAACCCUUCAAAUAUAUAAAAUUAUAUUCUAGACCAUAAGUAGUGAUCUUUCUCAUGUUUUUCACACAUUCCUUCCUUAGGAAAAACAUAGACUGGAAAGCCCCGCCCAUCCUUGUUGGCUGUCAUACACGAGUGCUGUCUCCAAGGGAGUCAUAGGUGUCCCAGAUGUGAGAGGAUCCCGGGGAGAUUGAGCUUACUACCUGGGAACUUGUGGAUUUCUGGAGAAGCAGGCUGUGGUAGCCUGGCUGUGCGUCAGUGAAUACCCGGGAAGGGAGCUGGAGCUCUAUUUUGCUUGCUUUCUGUAUUUGUUUCUUUUAGAGCUAAUGGGGACACAAUAUUUUCAAGUUUUUCCAUUUCAGGUCUAUGGCAUUUAGUGGUAUUUUCCUUAUAGUUAUGUUUUCCAAAUACUUUUCAAUUUCUUUGGUUCUGACAUUUCACAAUGAUUUUUUAAAAAAUGUAAUAUGGAAAUUAAACUUGAGGUUUUCAGAAGCUGCUUUCAAGGUUUCUAGAUGCAGAGAAAAGAAUAUCACCGUAGGAAGUGCACUGGACUAGGGGAGUCAGGAGACCCGGGUUCUUGCGUUGGCGCCGUCACUCAUGAGCUACGAGGUGAAUUCAGGCUGCCAUUGGACCUGUGGAGUGCCUGAGUCAUGUGAUAAUGGGCCACAUUGAGGACCCCUGGGCCAUCUCCACAGGAGAUGCCAGAGGACAAGUGCCCACUUGCUGAUCUUCACGGAGCACCCUGAAAUGAGACGGUUUAAGCGGAAGCAUCUUACUGCCAUCGACUGCCAGCAUUUGGCUCGGAGUCACUUGGCUGUGACCCAGCCCUUCGGUCAGAGAUGGACAAACAGAGAUCCAAACCAUGGUCUCUAUCCUAAACCCAGAACAAAAAGAGGGAGUAGGGGUCAGGGACGUCAAAGAUGUAUCCCUGAGUUCUUCCUAGCAGGCAAGCGGCCGUGCACCAAUGACAUGGCCAAAAGCAAUUCUGUUGGCCAGGACAGCUGUCAGGACUCUGAGGGUGACAUGAUCUUUCCUGCAGAGAGCAGCUGUGCACUGCCUCAGGAAGGCAGUGGAGAAGCAUGGCUGGGCUCAUCAGGGUCUGCCCCGCCCUCCAGGAAGCGGUCUCGGUCCUCUGAGGAAGAGAGUAACCAGGCUACUGGAACCAGCCGGUGGGAUGGAGUUUCUAAGAAAGCUCCGCGGCACCAUUUGACUGUGCCAUGCACAAGGCCUAGGGAGGCCAGGCAAGAAGCAGAGGACAGUACGUCUCGACUCUCUGUGGAGUCUGGAGAAACCGACCAAGAUGCUGGGGACAUGGGUCCUGAUCCCCUUCCUGACUCAUACUAUGGGCUUCUUGGGACCUUGCCCUGCCAGGAAGCACCAAGCCACAUUUGUAGCCUGCCUAGUGAGGUCCUGAGGCACGUGUUUGCCUUCCUCCCGGUGGAAGACCUCUAUUGGAACCUGAGCUUGGUGUGCCACCUGUGGAGGGAGAUCAUCAGUGACCCUCUGUUCAUUCCUUGGAAGAAGCUGUACCAUCGAUACCUGAUGAACGAAGAGCAAGCUGUCAGCAAAGUGGACGGCAUCCUGUCUAACUGCGGCAUAGAAAAGGAGUCAGACCUGUGUGUGCUGAACCUCAUACGAUACACGGCCACCACUAAGUGCUCCCCGAGUGUGGAUCCUGAGAGGGUGCUGUGGAGUCUGAGGGACCACCCCCUGCUCCCCGAGGCUGAGGCGUGUGUGCGGCAACACCUCCCUGACCUCUACGCUGCUGCCGGGGGUGUCAACGUCUGGGCCCUGGUGGCGGCUGUGGUGCUCCUCUCCAGCAGUGUGAAUGACAUCCAGCGACUGCUCUUCUGCCUCCGGAGACCCAGCUCCACGGUGACCAUGCCAGAUGUCACCGAGACCCUGUACUGCAUAGCCGUGCUUCUCUACGCCAUGAGGGAGAAGGGGAUUAACAUCAGCAAUAGGAUUCACUACAACAUUUUCUAUUGCCUAUAUCUUCAGGAGAAUUCCUGCACUCAGGCCACAAAAGUUAAAGAGGAGCCAUCUGUCUGGCCAGGCAAGAAAACCAUCCAACUUACACAUGAACAACAGCUGAUUCUGAAUCAUAAGAUGGAACCUCUCCAGGUGGUGAAAAUCAUGGCGUUUGCAGGCACUGGGAAGACCUCAAAUGGUGUCCUUGAAGCAAGCCGCCUCUGGGAUAACAUGCGGAAGCUGGGGGAGUGCACAGAAGAGGCGUACCAGAUGACUCAUGACGGCUACUUGAAACUCUGGCAGCUGAGUAAGCCUUUGCUGGCCUCUUUUGACGCCAUCUUUGUGGAUGAGGCCCAGGACUGCACACCAGCUAUCAUGAACAUAGUUCUGUCUCAGCCAUGUGGGAAAAUCUUUGUAGGGGACCCGCACCAGCAGAUCUAUACCUUCCGGGGUGCAGUCAACGCCCUGUUCACAGUGCCCCACACCCACGUCUUCUAUCUCACGCAGAGUUUUCGGUUUGGUGUUGAAAUAGCUUAUGUGGGAGCUACUAUCUUGGAUGUUUGCAAGAGAGUCAGGAAAAAGACUUUGGUUGGAGGAAACCAUCAGAGUGGCAUUAGAGGUGACGCAAAGGGGCAAGUGGCCUUGUUGUCCCGGACCAACGCCAACGUGUUUGAUGAGGCCGUACGGGUGACGGAAGGGGAAGUCCCUUCAAGGAUACAUUUGAUUGGGGGGAUUAAAUCAUUUGGAUUGGACAGAAUCAUUGAUAUUUGGAUCCUUCUUCAGCCAGAGGAAGAACGGAGGAAACAAAACCUCGUCAUUAAAGACAGAUUUAUCAGAAGAUGGGUGCACAAAGAAGGCUUUAGUGGCUUCAAGAGGUAUGUGACCGCUGCUGAGGACAAGGAGCUCGAAGCCAAGAUUGCAGUUGUUGAAAAGUAUAACAUCAGGAUUCCAGAGCUGGUGCAAAGGAUAGAAAAAUGCCAUAUAGAAGAUUUGGACUUUGCAGAGAUGGAGUCUCGUCAUGUUGGCCAGGCUGCUCCUGAACUCCCAACCUCAGAGUACAUUCUGGGCACUGUGCACAAAGCCAAAGGCCUGGAGUUUGACACUGUGCAUGUUCUGGAUGAUUUUGUGAAAGUGCCUUGUGCCCGGCAUAACCUGCCCCAGCUUCCCCACUUCAGAGUUGAGUCAUUUUCUGAGGAUGAAUGGAAUUUACUGUAUGUUGCAGUAACUCGAGCCAAGAAGCGUCUCAUCAUGACCAAAUCAUUGGAAAACAUUUUGACUUUGGCUGGGGAGUACUUCUUGCAAGCAGAGCUGACAAGCAACGUCUUAAAAACAGGCGUGGUGCGCUGCUGCGUGGGACAGUGCAACAAUGCCAUCCCUGUCGACACUGUCCUCACCAUGAAGAAGCUGCCCAUCACCUAUAGCAACAGGAAGGAAAACAAGGGGGGCUACCUGUGCCACUCCUGCGCGGAGCAGCGCAUCGGGCCCCUGGCGUUCCUGACGGCCUCCCCAGAGCAGGUGCGCGCCAUGGAGCGCACCGUGGAGAACAUCGUGCUGCCCCGGCACGAGGCUCUGCUCUUCCUCGUCUUCUGAGGCCAGGGCGCACGUUCUCCGCAGUGCAGAGCAGCUGGCCGAGGACCCCGCGUGAAGAAAGCCAGCGAGGGGGCUCCCGCUCCCUGAGACUCUGGGUUCACCCACAGCACUUUCUGAGGAAGAGGACACCAGCCCAAGCUGGACCUGCCAUUUCUCCACUCCCUACAGACAGCCAGUCUCCACUUGCCUCCGCUCCAGACAUAUCUGGUCGGGGAAGUGGGGGAUGUUCUUUUGAUAAAAAAAAAAAAAACAUUUUAUGUAUUUAAACUUUUAUUACAAGAUUUCAAUUAAACAGGCACCAUAGCACUGGCA